AUGGAGUCCUUGAGAAACUUUCACCCACUUCAAGGGUCUUCAUUUUCUCAAACGUUCUCUGCUGAUGCUGCUACAUUUCGUGAUCCCGGAAGUCAGAAGACCAGUAACAUGGGAUUUGAACAGCGGUGCGUCCCCGUGUCUAGUGACAGUUUUCAGCUCCAUGUUGACAACAGUAUCGGAAAUUUGGCGUCUGUACUCUCUGAGGAUAAUGCUGAAGCUUUGAAUGCAACCUUGAAGCUGUGGGGCCAGGAGAAUGGCUCCAACUUGCUUCAGAAAGUGGCUGCUGUCUUGCAUCAUGCUGUAAAGGUGGAUGCUGUGAGCUGUCUCGCGUUUCUUCUUGAAUGGUCUGAUGACGGUCAACGGCUCUCGCUUGAUCAACUCGACGACACAGGCGUGACAUGUUUGAGAAAUGCUGCUGUUAGCGGAAGCGUUCAGUGCCUUGAGUUACUCCUGCGUCGAAGAGCCAAUCCCGAGAUUUUGUGCAGAGAUGGCAAGCGUGCUAUUGAUGCCGUUUUGGAGAGCAUCGGGACAAAGUUGAAACCUCUUGAAAUCAAGUCCUUGGAGAGUUUGUUUAGUCGAGUAAACAUCCAGGAAUUGAAUGUGGUCCGUUUGCUUUUCAAGCACUCAGGAGAUGCUCGGAGGCUGGUUUUGGACCUCACUUGGAGUGGCAUAUUAGAAAAUUUUGCCGCCCUUCUGCUUGCUGUUGGGGAUUCUCUCGUUAAUAUGGUGUUUCAACUCAAUGGAGAAGACACCGCUUUAGUUGACAUGCUUGUGGACAUUGCACUUCUGUCUGCAGAAAGUCGUGUUUCAGCUUAUGGCUGGCGGCUGAGCCGCGAAGUUGCAAUCAAGGAGCUUGAGUUGAUUGCAUUAUGGAGGCCAAUUCUGAACAGGACGAACAGAAGGCCGGCAGGCUUCCGGCCUGACUCCAUUCUCACGCCUCCACUCAUCAAGGCAGCGCGGGCUGUUGACGCUGAUCUCGUCCGAAUACUCGUGAAUGGUGGAGCUUCAGUUCUGGAGACGGAUUGCCAGGGCGACAGUGGACUUCACUGUUGCCUCCGUACCUCUGCUGGAACGAACCUCAUUGGGGUUGUCUGGAAACUCAUAGAGGCAGGCUCAUCUGUUUCCUUGGGAAACAACGAUGGAAUGACGCCUGUACAUAUUGCUGCUCAAUUUGGACAUUCAGACCCACUGAAGAUAAUGGUUGCAAGAGAGCCUGCUGCAGUUUACUUCCUGACACUGGCACGAGAGACGCCCUUGUUCUGGGCUUUACGAGGCAACCAUACCGAAUGUGUGAAGAUAUUGCUCUUUUGGGGUGCAGACAGGCUCUUCACAAAUUCAAGAGGGGAGCGACCUUGGGAUGUUGCCACCGAGGAAGGGAGAAGGCUUCUGGAAAUGGAGACUUCUGCAGAUGACCUGAGGGAUUAUUUUGACGAGCAUUUUGGGCCUGUAGUGGAUGCUGUUGUGAUUGGCAGUCAGUCAGGCGACCAUGUUCAAUCCCGUGGCUUUGGAUUUGUCACAUUCAAAUACGAACAGUCCGUCACUGCUGCAGUGAAAGAGCAUUACGUGAUUCUGUUUGGGAAAAAGGUCGAGAUAAAGAGCGCAAUCCCAAGGCCGCUGAUGAUAGCAGCAGGAAAUCAGGCGACAAACGUGGCAGAACAGAGGAAAGCACUGGAUUUUAGUUGUUCGCUCUCACCAAACUCGAGUGAGAGCUUCAACAGCUCUGGUCAAGGCAGUGCCAACUGCGAAAGCUCUCUGACUGACGAGGCAGGCACAGGGGAAGGGAUGGAAGCACCACCUGUUUAUGAUGGUCCACCUCCUCCCUGGCUCAUUCGGCUGAGGGAGUGGCUUCCUUCAUUCCUUCAACAGGUUUCUGGGCGGCUCAAGGAAGGGGAAUGGUAUCCAUUGUCUUCGCUGAAGGGCGACUUCCGUGCAACUUGUGGCAUGGAGCUCGAUCACCUUACCAUUGGGUAUCCAAAAUUGAGUGACUUUGUCCGCUCUUUGUCUGACAUCUGCCGCAUGAAGAUUGUCCCUGUGGGGCGAGGUCCUGCAACACACAUGGUUCUGCUACCUCCAGCCGGACAAGGAACCUUUGGUGGAGGUCCUCCGGGACAAGAUGCGCCCCUCAGCACGUCCCCUCAUGCUUUGGGAAUGGGGGCCCAAACAGCUUCUGAAUUGGAGCAGCCCAAUCAGUUGCUCAUGGAGAAGCCCAAGUUUCCGUUUAUUCCAACGCUUCAAGCAAGCCCUUUUGAAAGCAUUUCCCCGGACGUGGACCUGAACUAUGGCUCUUUUCACGCGAAUCUGCAAGCAUCAGCAUUUCAGAUGCUCCAGAAAGGUCAGGUGAUGCCACUCGAAGCAGAAAACAUGUCGGGCUAUGAGCGUCUUGCUUCGCUGGCCCAAAGAAUUCAUCGCCCCAGCAGUGUCCCUCCUGUAAUUCGAGGCCAACCGGAGCAUUUUAACAACUUCAACCCCAUCCCUCAGCCACCACCAUAUCUCCCUACCCCAAUAGCCCGCCCGUCGCCGCCUGCAGCAGGCGACGGGCAUGGACAGGGUUCACAGGGUCACGACCAUGAAGACUCGCGACUGGAGUACGACAUUCUGAGCUUCCUGAACGAUGAUCCUGCUGAUAUGGGCGGGUCGCUGACGCCUGAAGUGCGCAACCGAUCGAUGAGCUGCCCCGCGCCAGACCCAACGAUGCUGAAGUCGCUGAACAUGCUUGACGCGAACGAUAUGUUUGGUCAAGCGAACACAAAACCCUUCCGUUUUUCUGGAGCCGGGCUGCUGCCAGUGAACGUGCAUGGAAAUGUACUACACCAGUUCGUUCCGUUGACUGCUCAUGGCAGUUCUCCUCCCAGUUCCGGCCAGGAGGGAUCUGCCACCAACAACGCUCCCUCGAAGCUGCAUGAUCCGUUUCAUCCAGCUAUUGAUGCCGAAACUUCGGCAUUCCCUGGAGCGCGCGACAAACCGUCAGUCGCGGCAGAAUCUUCCCAGCCAGUGCUGGGGAACUACGCGAUCGACUCGACUCGGAAAUUUCCGAGUCAUGUCAGCGGGGAAGACGCGCUUCUAUCACUCAAACCGCUCGAGCCGAGAGCUCAGGGUGCCUACAACAUGUGGGCUAUACAAAACCCACAUGGUCAACCGAAGCAGGCGCCCAUGCUGCCUACGAACUGCUUUCACCCUUACCAGAGCCAGGGGUUCCGUUCCCAGACAAUCACACAAGCCCAUCAGAUUCCAUGGAUGCAGCAGCCGCUUCCCCCGCUGGGUCCCGGACUUAUGCGGCCGCCACUGCCCGUGCCGAAGCAGCUGCCAGUGGGGCAACCUCUUCAGCAGUGCAAUAUGAUGGAUGCUCGUUCCCUUCUAUCCCAGCAAAUAAAUCCUCAGCAAAUAAAUUCCGGGGGCGGGGUCGAGGAGGUGUGCAUGGUUUGCUGGGAGCGCCGAGCUCUGUGGCUAGCUCUCCCUUGCGGUCAUCGCUGCACUUGCACUGUGUGCAAGGAUGUGCUUCAGCAGCGUGCUGGGGGUCAUCCUUGCUGUGCGCGGUGCAAGAUUCCAGUGGUUCGGUGGAUGGCACUGUGA